AUGAGAGCGAAGAAGAUUAAAAGUGUUGGAUGUGGAGAUGACGUGCACGAGCCUGGGUGUGUGUUCACAGAUGACGUGCACACGCCUGGGUGUGUGUUCACAGAUGACGUGCACGAGCCUGGGCGUGUGUUCACAGAUGACGUGCACGCGCCUGGGUGUGUGUUCACAGAUGACGUGCACGCGCCUGGGUGUGUGUUCACAGAUGACGUGCACAAGCCUGGGUGUGUGUUCACAGAUGACGUGCACGCGCCUGGGUGUGUGUUCACAGAUGACGUGCACGCGCCUGGGUGUGUGUUCACAGAUGACGUGCACGCGCCUGGGUGUGUGUUCACAGAUGACGUGCACGAGCCUGGGUGUGUGUUCACAGAUGACGUGCACAAGCCUGGGUGUGUGUUCACAGAUGACGUGCACGCGCCUGGGUGUGUGUUCACAGAUGACGUGCACGAGCCUGGGUGUGUGUUCACAGAUGACGUGCACACGCCUGGGUGUGUGUUCACAGAUGACGUGCACGAGCCUGGGUGUGUGUUCACAGAUGACGUGCACGCGCCUGGGUGUGUGUUCACAGAUGACGUGCACGCGCCUGGGUGUGUGUUCACAGAUGACGUGCACGCGCCUGGGUGUGUGUUCACAGAUGACGUGCACACGCCUGGGUGUGUGUUCACAGAUGACGUGCACGCGCCUGGGUGUGUGUUCACAGAUGACGUGCACGCGCCUGGGUGUGUGUUCACAGAUGACGUGCAUGAGCCUGGGUGUGUGUUCACAGAUGACGUGCACGAGCCUGGGUGUGUGUUCACAGAUGACGUGCACGCGCCUGGGUGUGUGUUCACAGAUGACGUGCACGCGCCUGGGUGUGUGUUCACAGAUGACGUGCACGAGCCUGGGUGUGUGUUCACAGAUGACGUGCACGAGCCUGGGUGUGUGUUCACAGAUGACGUGCACAAGCCUGGGUGUGUGUUCACAGAUGACGUGCACAAGCCUGGCGCCCACAGAGCUCCCACUCUGCUAACAGACCUCCUCAGAGACCAGCCGCCGCUUGACCCGGUAAUUACUCACUGCCCAUCAGAGUGUUGGGGGGAGCUGGAGAGACGCCUCCCCUCGGCCCCAGAGCUGUCCAGAUAA